UUUUGUGGGUCCAUUAAAGGCACUAACUUGUAAAAGAGUCAUCUUUCUUUAAGAUGAUUUUUACAUUAUUGUUUGCUUUUAUUGGCUUCAUUAUUAUACAAAUCCUCCAUUUCUCUCUUCAACCCAUGUUUUUGUUCUCUUUGUGUGUUUAGAGUGUUUCCAGCUUCUCUAUGGCUCAUUCAGGGAACAGUGAAAGGUUUCUUGAUCCUCUAAGAACUCGAAGAGGAUUCAUUCAAAAAGGUUGCUUUAGAUGGAACAAUCAGAAAUUGAUCUUACAAUGCUUCCUAGCCUUAGCUUUUGUGGGAGUCACUUAUUCAACAACUCAACCAGACAUCGAAGGAGGAGCUUUGUUGCAGCUCAGAGAUUCACUUAAUGAUUCGAGCAACCGUCUAAAAUGGACACGCGAUUUUGUGAGCCCUUGCUAUAGUUGGUCUUAUGUCACAUGCAGAGGCCAGAGUGUUGUGGCUCUAAAUCUUGCCUCAAACGGAUUCACAGGAACACUCUCUCCAGCUAUUAGAAAACUGAAGUUCUUGGUUACUUUUUUAUAUGUAUGCAGAGAGCUACAGAACAAUAGUUUAUAUGGUGCUUUACCAGAUGAUCUUGGGAAAAUGGUUAAUCUACAGACUUUAAACCUAUCUAUGAACAGUUUCAGCGGCUCGAUACCCGCAAGCUGGAGUCAGCUCUCGAAUUUAAAGCACUUGGAUCUCUCAUCCAAUAAUUUAACAGGAAGCAUCCCAACACAGUUCUUCUCAAUCCCAACAUUCGAUUUUUCAGGAACUAAUCUCAUAUGUGGUAAAAGCUUGAAUCAGCCUUGUUCUUCGAGUUCUCGUCUUCCAGUCACAUCCUCCAAGAAGAAGCUAAGAGACAUCACUUUAACUGCAAGUUGUGUUGCUUCUAUAAUCUUGUUUCUUGGAGCUAUUGUUAUGUACCAUCAUCAUCGCCUCCGUAGAACCAAAUACGACAUCUUUUUCGACGUAGCUGGUGAAGAUGACAGGAAGAUUUCCUUUGGACAGCUUAGAAGAUUCUCUUUACGUGAAAUACAGCUCGCAACAGAUAGUUUCAACGAGAGCAAUUUGAUAGGACAAGGAGGAUUUGGUAAAGUAUACAGAGGUUUGCUUCCAGACAAAACAAAAGUUGCAGUGAAACGCCUUGCGGAUUACUUCAGUCCUGGUGGAGAAGCUGCUUUCCAAAGAGAGAUUCAGCUCAUAAGUGUUGCGGUUCAUAAGAAUCUCUUACGCCUUAUUGGCUUCUGCACAACUUCCUCUGAGAGAAUCCUUGUUUAUCCAUACAUGGAAAAUCUUAGUGUUGCAUAUCGACUAAGAGAUUUAAAAGCGGGAGAAGAAGGGUUAGAUUGGCCAACAAGGAAGCGUGUAGCUUUUGGUUCAGCUCACGGUUUAGAGUAUCUACACGAACAUUGUAACCCUAAGAUCAUACACCGUGAUCUCAAGGCUGCAAACAUACUUUUAGACAACAAUUUCGAGCCUGUUCUUGGGGACUUCGGUUUAGCUAAGCUUGUGGACACAUCACUGACUCAUGUCACAACUCAAGUCCGUGGCACAAUGGGUCACAUCGCACCAGAGUAUCUCUGCACAGGAAAAUCAUCUGAGAAAACUGAUGUUUUUGGUUACGGUAUAACACUUCUUGAGCUCGUUACUGGUCAGCGAGCAAUCGAUUUCUCACGCUUGGAAGAAGAGGAAAAUAUUCUCUUGCUUGAUCAUAUAAAGAAGUUGCUUAGAGAACAGAGACUAAGAGACAUUGUCGAUAGCAACUUGACUACAUAUGAUUCAAAAGAAGUUGAAACCAUAGUUCAAGUGGCUCUUCUCUGCACACAAGGGGCACCAGAAGAUAGACCAGCGAUGUCUGAAGUAGUGAAGAUGCUUCAAGGGACUGGUGGUUUGGCUGAGAAAUGGACUGAAUGGGAACAACUUGAAGAAGUUAGGAACAAAGAAGCGUUAUUGCUUCCGACUUUGCCUGCUACUUGGGAUGAAGAAGAAACCACCGUUGAUCAAGAAUCUAUCCGAUUAUCAACAGCAAGAUGAAGGAGAAACAGAAAGAGAGAUCUUUGAAAGCAAACUUUGCAUUAUAGAAGAUAAAACUUAGAAAAGUAUUUUAAGCUGCUAAUUGUAUUGAAACAGGUGGGGAAACACAACCUAAUUUGUGUAAUAGAUCGUGUGAUUAUACAUAGUAUAACAUAUAGUUGUGUUUUGUAUAUAUAUAUAUGAAUUGGAUACUGUAGUAAAAUAAUGAUGAUCAUUGUUGUUUCGUUA